CGUCGCAUCAACGCCGACGUCUCUGGGUUUCCUUUCGCAGCCAGCGGUCCUCUCAGUACAGUACGGUGGCCGAGGGGAGCCAGGCGCUGGGGAUGAAUGAAGGAUCAACAGUGAUAAUGGCUGAGUGUACAAGUCUUCAGUUUGUCAGCCCUUUUGCUUUCGAGGCAAUGCAGAAGGUGGAUGUUGUUCGGUUGGCAUCUUUAAGUGAUCCGGAAUUAAGACUUCUCCUGCCCUGCUUGGUGCGGAUGGCACUCUGUGCUCCUGCUGACCAGAGCCAAAGCUGGGCUCAGGAUAAAAAACUGAUCCUUCGUCUUCUCUCUGGAGUGGAAGCUGUCAAUUCCAUUGUUGCCUUGUUGUCUGUGGAUUUUCAUGCUUUAGAACAGGAUGCCAGCAAGGAACAGCAGCUUAGGCAUAAACUUGGAGGAGGCAGUGGUGAGAGCAUCCUGGUAUCACAGCUUCAGCAUGGAUUGACGUUGGAGUUUGAACACAGUGAUUCACCUCGUCGAUUGCGUCUUGUGCUUAGUGAACUAUUGGCAAUUAUGAACAAGGUGUCUGAGUCCAGUGGAGAAUUUUUUUUUAAGUCAUCUGAGUUAUUUGAGAGUCCAGUCUAUUUAGAGGAAGCCGCAGAUGUACUUUGUAUUUUACAAGCAGAGCUUCCUUCCCUGCUUCCUAUAGUGGAUGUAGCUGAAGCCUUGCUACAUGUUAGAAAUGGUGCUUGGUUCUUAUGUCUGUUGGUGGCCAAUGUUCCUGAUAGUUUUAAUGAAGUUUGCAGGGGUCUGAUUAAAAAUGGAGAACGGCAAGAUGAAGAAAGUCUUGGAGGAAGGCGCAGGACAGAUGCCCUACGCUUCUUAUGUAAAAUGAAUCCUUCUCAGGCCCUCAAAGUUCGAGGGAUGGUGGUGGAAGAAUGUCACUUGCCAGGGCUUGGAGUGGCUUUGACAUUGGAUCACACUAAAAAUGAAGCUAGUGAAGAUGGAGUGAGUGACUUGGUUUGUUUUGUUAGUGGUUUGCUUCUUGGAACAAAUGCGAAAGUCCGGACUUGGUUUGGAACUUUUAUCCGAAAUGGACAGCAGAGAAAAAGAGAGACCAGUAGUUCUGUCCUUUGGCAAAUGAGAAGGCAGCUUCUUCUGGAGUUGAUGGGCAUUCUUCCCACAGUAAGAAGUACCCGCAUUGUGGAAGAAGCUGAUGUGGAGAUGGAGCCCAAUGUGUCUGUGUAUUCGGGGCUGAAAGAAGAGCAUGUUGUGAAAGCCAGUGCGCUCUUACGUCUGUACUGUGCUUUGAUGGGGAUCGCUGGACUCAAACCAACUGAGGAAGAAGCUGAGCAGUUGCUGCAGUUGAUGACAAGCCGUCCUCCUGCUACACCAGCUGGGGUUCGCUUCGUUUCGCUUUCCUUUUGUAUGCUGCUGGCCUUUUCUACACUUGUCAGUACACCUGAACAGGAGCAGUUAAUGGUAGUGUGGCUAAGUUGGAUGAUAAAAGAAGAAGCUUAUUUUGAAAGUACUUCUGGCGUCUCUGCUUCUUUUGGGGAGAUGUUGUUAUUGGUUGCUAUGUACUUUCACAGCAACCAACUUAGUGCUAUCAUUGACUUGGUCUGUUCUACUUUGGGGAUGAAGAUUGUGAUUAAGCCAAGCUCCUUGAGUAGGAUGAAGACUAUCUUCACACAGGAAAUUUUUACUGAGCAGGUUGUCACAGCUCAUGCUGUUCGGGUCCCUGUCACCAGCAACCUGAGUGCCAACAUUACUGGAUUUUUGCCUAUUCAUUGUAUUUACCAGCUUCUCAGGAGUCGUUCCUUUACCAAGCACAAAGUGUCUAUAAAAGACUGGAUCUAUAGGCAGCUGUGUGAAACCUCUACUCCGCUUCAUCCUCAAUUACUUCCUCUGAUUGAUGUGUACAUAAAUUCCAUACUUACUCCUGCAUCUAAAUCUAAUCCAGAAGCCACAAAUCAGCCAGUUACAGAACAGGAGAUCCUCAGUAUUUUCCAAGGAGUCAUUGGGGCUGAUAGCAUCCGCCUUAACCAACGUUUUAGCAUCACAGCACAACUCUUGGUGCUUUACUAUGUAUUGUCUUAUGAGGAAGCUCUGCUAGCAAACACAAAGACUUUAGCUGCCAUGCAAAGAAAGCCCAAAUCAUAUUCGUCAUCUUUAAUGGAUCAGAUUCCUAUCAAAUUCCUUAUUCGACAGGCUCAAGGGCUGCAGCAGGAGUUGGGAGGGCUACAUUCUGCUUUACUACGUCUCCUUGCAACUAAUUACCCACAUUUAUGCAUUGUGGAUGAUUGGAUCUGUGAAGAAGAAAUCACGGGGACUGAUGCCCUGUUAAGGCGAAUGUUACUGACUAAUAAUGCCAAAAACCAUUCUCCGAAACAACUUCAAGAAGCAUUUUCAGCUGUCCCAGUAAGUCACACACAAGUGAUGCAGAUUCUAGAACACUUGACUCUACUCUCUGCCAGUGAACUUAUACCUUAUGCAGAAGUAUUAACAUCCAAUAUGAACCAGCUGUUGAAUUCAGGGGUUCCACGACGAAUUCUUCAAACCGUCAAUAAACUGUGGAUGGUUCUUAAUACUGUGAUGCCUAGAAGGCUGUGGGUAAUGACAGUUAAUGCACUUCAGCCUUCAAUAAAGUUUGUACGACAACAAAAGUAUACUCAGAAUGACCUGAUGAUAGAUCCUCUCAUUGUCCUAAGAUGUGAUCAGAGGGUACACAGGUGCCCCCCACUGAUGGAUAUUACUCUACACAUGUUGAAUGGAUAUCUUCUUGCAUCCAAAGCCUACCUUAGUGCUCAUCUGAAGGAAACUGCAGAACAAGAUAGGCCUUCCCAGAAUAAUACAAUAGGUUUAGUUGGGCAAACUGAUGGCCCAGAAGUUACCAGAGAAGAAUUGAAAAAUGCUUUACUGGCUGCUCAGGAUAGUGCAGCUGUCCAGAUUCUCUUGGAGAUUUGCUUACCUACUGAAGAAGAGAAAGCAAAGGGUAUCAAUCCAGACAGCUUACUAAGAAAUGUUCAAAGUGUUAUUACUACCAGUGCUUCAAAUAAGGGAAUCGAGGAAGGAGAAGACAAUUUGCUCUGUAACCUUCGAGAAGUUCAGUGCCUUAUCUGUUGUCUUUUACACCAGAUGUACAUUGCUGAUCCCAACAUUGCUAAACUUGUUCACUUUCAGGGUUAUCCAUGUGAACUUUUACCUCUGACCGUCGCAGGUAUUCCAUCUAUGCACAUCUGUCUGGAUUUCAUACCUGAGCUUAUUGCACAGCCAGAACUUGAAAAACAGAUAUUUGCUAUCCAGUUGCUUUCUCAUUUGUGUAUCCAGUAUGCAUUGCCAAAGUCACUCAGUGUGGCUCGCUUAGCUGUGAAUGUCAUGGGAACUUUGCUAACAGUUUUAACACAGGCUAAGCGGUAUGCUUUUUUUAUGCCAACUCUGCCAAGUUUGGUUUCCUUUUGUCGAGCAUUUCCUCCACUGUAUGAGGAUAUUAUGUCUUUGCUGAUCCAAAUAGGGCAAGUCUGUGCCUCUGAUGUUGCCACUCAGACAAGAGACAUUGAUCCAAUUAUUACACGUCUUCAACAAAUAAAGGAGAAACCAAGUGGAUGGUCUGGUAUCUGUAAAGAUUUAUCUUAUAAAAAUGCAUCUGGGGACACUGGAAGUAUGGAUCCUGAUGUACAGCUUUGUCAUUGUAUUGAAAGCACAAUAAUUGAAAUAAUAAACAUGAGUGUUAGUGGAAUUUAACAAAAAAAACUAAAACAAAAAAAUGAAGCUUUUGCUGCAUACACUCAAUAUGAGUCUGCAUCUUACAACAACUCUAAACUGAAUUGGGAACAGUAACAUCUUGGAAUCAUUAAAAGAUUCAGUUCAACAUGGGUAUAGUUUAGAACUCUCUUUAAGAAUUAUGCUUGCUUAUAUUUGAUUGGCAGUUCUUUGAAUCUACUUUGCUGGUAUGUUUAUACUGUAGCAGCGGAACUUUUUGUUUUCUUCUGUUGGGAGCACAUUUAAGAACCUCAUUUUUAGAAAGUGAAUUUGGCCUUAUAUUUACUUUUGCAAUGAAGAAACAGUGCCAUGCCUUUAAUUUCUUAUAAAGAUGAGUCUGUGGGCAGCCCUAGUGUUUAAUGUUAGCUAAUAACAAUGUGACAAUGAUGCAAUGAUGAGAGGGAGAAAAAGGGAAGGGAGAAUAUAGGAAAAAUUAGGAGUUUAAAUACCCAGUAGAAACUGUUAAAACUUGCAAGACAAGUAGUAGUAAUGCGAGAUGGAGUUUUGCUUCUCAAGAAAUAGUAUUGAGAAGGCUUUAAAAAAGGCAAAUAGCUUUUUGUAAAUGAUUUCCAUGGAAUUACAGAUGAGAAUUUUAAGAUUUUACACGUUUGCUUCAAUUUUUACUAAAAUGGAGAUAUGUUUAAAGAGAUACUUGAAUAAUUUGGAAUUUUAAGUUACUAAUUUAGAAUUGUUUACAGAAACAUCUUUGUGCAAAGAAGAACCUGAAAGGAGAUCUCAUUUAGUUUUUUUUUUAAGAUUUAUUUUUAUAAUGUUUUACUGACUUACCUAAUUGUCAGGGGGGGGAAUUACAUUGGGAUCUAAUUAAAGUUUAGAGCAGUGAAACACACCAGAUUAAAGAGCUCUUGGUGUGCCAUCAGGAUUAUAAUUCACAUCAUAGUUUUAGAAGAUCUCUGAGUAAGAAAAAACAUACAGUGUUUGGACCUCAGGAAAAGUUAAAAAUAGUGUAAAGUACCAUGUUGCUGAAGGAUUUUGCAGUCCUCCGUUAGUAACUUCCAUUGAUUAGGUAGAUGCAUUCAGGUAAACCAUAGUCCCAUUUAUUUUUCUUUAAUUAAGAAUCCAACAUAGAAGUUACUUCUCUUUGUUUUCUGAGAUAUACCUGAAGAAUACACUCCUCCCAACCCCUUCUUUUCUCUGCUUUGAAACAGACCUGUUCACCUGUAAAAGAAAUUAGGUAGGCUAAUAAGGAAGUGUGAUUUUUAAGAAAAGAAAUUUGACUUUGGUCUUCUCACUAGCAUAUAGGCAUAUGUCAUUUUCCUCCUUUGUAAAAUGGGAUUACUACUGGCCCUACCUCAUAAGGGUAUUAUACAAGAACUAAUUUGUAGCUAUUUCAAAUCAUGAAGUACACAGUAUCCUAGAUGAUAGGAUAUUUAUAACUUUUAUCUGAUGCUUAAUAUUCAAUGAAGUAAUUUUGAUGCAAAAAUAAAGGCAUCCAUUUAAAAAGUACCAUAAGAAUUUUCAUAUUUUUAAACAAGGCAGUUUUAUAAGUCUUUUAAGAUUAAAAACAACUGCUCCUGUUUUGUUUUAUUUAGUUUUUAAACAGAGGCUUUGGAAUAUUUUGUGUGAGUAGGUAACCUCUAGGAAAUCAGAAAAGGGUUGAAAUAUGUUUUCUAACUAAAUGCCGUGCACAUUCCUGGAUCACUUUUCAAAGACUGGUCAAAACCUGCUGUGUUAAAAUAACAUAUGCUCUUUUUCAUCAGAUUUGUUGAUGAUGUAAAUAAAAUGUGUAAAUAUAUUAGUAAAUGUUAAUAUUCAUGUAUUUUAAGUUAAGGUUAUAAGAUUUGUCACAAUGUGAUUUCUUUUUAUUCAAGUGAAAACAGAUGUGUGCAGCUAUUUUGAAUAUUGGUUUAUAAACAUUCAUAUUCUU